AUGUCAAUAUCCCAGCAACUAUUCCAUACAUUCGAAACGGUCAAGGAUCAAGCAAGGGAUGCGCUAUGGGCACUUUCUUCUUGCUUAUGCCAGCAGUCUGCGAAAGUCAAGAUAAAUGGACGAACUUUUACGAUUGUCAAAGUCCUGGGCGAGGGAGGGUUCUCCUUUGUAUACCUAGCUCAGGAUGACCAUAGCGGGCGUCAAUUCGCGCUCAAGAAAAUACGGUGUCCGACGGGGAAUGACGGGGUCAAGGAAGCGAUGCGCGAAGUGGAGGCGUACAGGCGGUUUAGACAUCCCAAUAUCAUUCGCAUUCUGGAUUCGGCGGUGGUACAAGACCCUGACGGCGAAGGCAAGAUUGUCUAUCUCUUCCUGCCUCUUUACAAGCGGGGGAAUCUCCAGGAUGCCAUCAACACCAACGUCGUGAACAGAACACACUUUCCAGAGAAAGAGAUGGUCCGUCUAUUCAAGGGGACAUGUGAAGCUAUCCGGGCAAUGCAUGAUUACCGUGCACCUAUCCGUUCAACUCCAAAUUCGAACGCUGCGGCCGCUUCUUCGUCUAGAAAUCAACAAGAAGCUGUUGGUCGACAUUCCGAUGACGACGAACGAUUCCCGCAACCCGAAGGUGAUGCUGAGGGUGGUUAUUCCUACGACGGCGCUUCUGUGCCUCUGGUCACCCGUCAACGAAUUGAGGAACAGGGAGACGUCGUAUUCGAUGGAGACGAAGAAGCCCAGCAAAACGGCACUGCUGACCCUAGUAAAACGGAACACGUCCCGUACGCCCACCGAGAUUUGAAGCCGGGGAACGUUAUGAUUGCGGAUGAUGGUGUUACGCCUAUCCUUAUGGACUUCGGCAGUACGAUCAAGGCGCGUAUAAAAAUCGACACUCGAUCUCAGGCAUUAUUGCAACAGGAUAUCGCCGCAGAGCAAAGCACCAUGGCAUACAGGGCGCCGGAGCUGUUUGACGUCAAAACGGGGCACACGUUGGACGAGAAAGUGGAUAUAUGGUCACUUGGUUGCACGUUAUACGCUCUCGCGUACUCGCAUUCGCCGUUUGAGAACACGCAAACGACAGAGCAGGGUGGUUCGAUCGCAAUGGCCGUUCUCAACGCGCAGUACAAGCACCCCGACUCCGCCUAUUCGCAGGGCUCGAAAGACCUGAUCGAUAGCAUGCUCAAGGUCAAUCCUGACGACCGGCCAAAUAUUCACCAGGUUAUCGAAAAAGCGGAUGCCGUGCUAAGGUCGCUUUCGUGA